AUGACAGUGAGCGACGAUCAGCGAGCUGAGACUGUGGCGGCGAGCAAUGAUCGGCGAUCGGCGACACUGGUUUAUUAUUACUUGGGUGAACUCAAUGACUCUUUAUCGUAUGCUCUGGGAGCUGGUCCUCUGUUUGAUGUUUCUAAGGGUUCAGAUUACAUUCAUACCCUUCUUGCUAAAGCAAUUGAUGAAUAUGCCAGUCUCAAGUCAAAGGUGGCAGAGUCAAAUGAUGAAAACAAAAUGGACCCUCGGUUGGAGGCAAUCGUUGAGAGAAUGUUGGAUAAGUGUAUACUGGAUGGAAGAUAUCAACUGUCAGGCUACUUGCCUCAAUACUGAGUUUCUAUUAGAGUUCUUAAAUUUAAUAUUUUCAUCCCUUUUUUCCUUUUAGUUUACAAUUUGCCUCCAGCUCUGUUUUAAAAUUAUAAAGGAAGCACUGUCGGUUGUCAAGAGAAGGAUUGGUGAUUUUGAGGAGUAGAUCUUUGAUUUUUUUUUUUUUGU